AUACACACCCUCGCUGGUUUCUUAUCUCUACAAAAUCCAGUCGGAUGGCUGUAACCAUGGUAGACCAUCUCGGUUUCAGACCCCUUUCCACUCCUACUGCCACCGUCCUCCGCUCAAUUCCCCCUCAUUUCCUCUCUUCCGCCGCCCACACCGCCCUGCUGAUGCUGCCGACACGUGUCGCUCCAUUUGCUAUGGUUUCCAAUUCCAAUUCCGCCUCCUGCUCUUCUCUUUCUUGCAACCUGCAAUCCACUAAAGCUUUUGUAGUUCCAAGGAGGAGUUUGAUGAGCACCUUGAUCCUUUCCAGUUGCCUAUUCUCACAAACUGAGAGCAAUUUCGCAUUUGCUCAACCAACUAUAGGAUUCAAGGAAUAUAUAGAUUCGUUUGAUGGGUACUCAUUCGAUUAUCCUAAAAACUGGAUUCAAGUUCGAGGUGCAAAUGCUGACAUAUUCUUCAGAGACCCUUAUGUUCUUGACGAAAACCUCUCUGUUGAAGUAUCCUCACCUUCAUCAUCGAAAUACAAGAGUGUAGAAGAUUUGGGUCCACCUGAAGAAGCAGGAAAGGCUGUUCUUAGACAGUAUUUGACAGAAUUCAUGUCUACUAGGCUUGGGGUGAAGCGCGAAUCAAGUAUUCUCUCUACUUCUUCUACAGUUGCUGAUGAUGGGAAGAUGUAUUACCAAAUUGAGGUAAACAUAAAGUCGUUUGCUAGCAAUAAUGAGUUGGCUGUUAUGCCAGAAGAUAGAGUGGUGCGUAUGGAAUGGAAUAGGAGAUAUCUUUCGGUUCUUGGAGUUGAAAACAAUCAAUUAUAUGAAUUGAGACUACAAGUGCCUGAAAAUGUAUUUGUAGAAGAAGAGAAUGAUCUUCGUAAAGUUAUGGCCUCUUUUAGGGUUAACAAGUUAAGUGCUUGA